GUGAUUUGUAUUUUAUAGAAACUUUGGGAUCAAUGUUUAAAAAAAUUAUACAUUUUUUAGGUUAACAGACAACUAUUGUAUUCUGUAUGUAUACUUUUUCAAAUAUUGUAAAUUCCACUUCUCUAAAAAUAGAGAGUACUGUUUAUAUGCAGUAAAUGUAAAUGGAUGUCUAUGUAAUAAGGCAAUGAAAACGACCUGCCCUGAGGAUGUUCCAAUAGUCCAGUCAUUAGGCUGUAAACCUGCUGUGAUAUUACCUUGCACUCCACUUUAAAACAGACCCACAGGCAAGGUCACUGGAACAGUGGAAAUAGCAUUGCACUCACAUGCACUAAAGGCAGAAGUUCCCAUUGUGCUGCAGCAGAGUGGUGAGUAGUCACUUCAGUGCAUGAGUUUUCUUUCUAAGUAGAAAGGUCCUCCAGUGGCCAGGGAUUCCUUUAAGGCAAAAUGUCAAGGCAAAGUGUGGAGACAGCAGAACAGCCCUCUUUGCACAGGUACUGCAGUGACUAGAAUACAAUGGAAAUCAUGUUAUUUAUGAGAGAGAGAGACAGUUAUGAGGGUUAUUAACAUUGUGAAAUAUUAGAGAAAAGUUAACUCUAUUAGCUGUACAUCAUGUAGCAUACGUCUUAAGACUUUCUGAAUUAUAUUUCCUUUAAUAAAUAUUGCUCAAAACCGUCAGCUAUGAAAUAGGCUUGUACUUAAUUGAACUGUACAGUAAGCAAUGAUAGAUAAGGACUGAAGUUGUAGUGGAUGGCUCACAGGUUAUUUAACCAAGAAACUGUCUGCAGAUACAUCUUUGUGGUUGAAGUCAGUCUGUGGUAGAAUGAGUGAUUUAUUUAUCCAUUCUUUAUUUCAGACACCCUGUAACAGAUGUCUUCUGUGGGCCUGCGCUGUCUUCUCUUUGUUUCCGUCUCACUGUGGUACUGGGUACCAGCAGGCUGCUAUGCCAAUGGCAAGGUUACUAAAGCCUGUGGCAACAUGGAACCUCGCCAUGGUUUCCCUGGUCAAACCACUCUCAGCCCCUAUCAUCUAGCAACCAACACCACCACGUUCAGCCCCGGAGACCAUAUCCAAGUCAUUCUAUCUGGAACAUCAUAUUUUGAGGGCUUCCUACUUCAGGCCAGAGAUACACACAUUCAGAACAUCUCAGCAUCAACUGUUGGCACCUUCACCCUGACUGAUCCCAGCAGGACACAGCUGCUCAUCUGUAAUGAGCAACAGGGGUCAGCAGUGAGCCAUACGAGUCGUGCCAGACAGACAGAGGUUGUUGUCAUCUGGAACGCCCCUCAUGACCCUCCCACAGAGGUUCAGUUUUUAGUGACUGUAGUCACCCACUACGAUGUAUUUUGGGAGAGAGUUCCUGGACCAAUCAUUUAUCAGCAUGGUGUUACACCUAACCCACCUCAGUCUACAACUAAACUUCCUCCAGUACAGACAACCACACCCUCAAGUCUGCCUGGACCUUUCAGUUCUGAUGGCUGUGGCCAGUCAAAGUCCUGCCUGCUAGAGCCUCCAGGCUGUGAUCCAAAGGAAGAUCCUCACUGCUUCUUCCUGUCCAUGACUACAGAGGGACCAGAUGCAAUGUCUGUGAUGUUUGAGCUGAGUGGCCCAGCAGAAGGAUAUGUUGCCUUUGCUCUGUCCUAUGACACUUGGAUGGGCAAUGAUGAUGUGUAUAUGUGCAUAAAAAGUGGGGAUAAAGUAUCAGUGAGUGCUGCCUUUGUCAGUGGACGAACAAACCCUGAGGACCAGUCACAGGUGAAACAUGAACAACCCAUUCAAAAUACAUACAAGCAGGCUUUCUCUGAAAAGAUCCAGUGCAAUGUGAAUAGAACGUGCAUGAGCAGAGAUCACUGAAGACUAAAUAUAACUUAAAACUACAGUCAGGAUGUGGUUAGCUCAGCUU